CGCUCAUCGCUUGUCGCGUCCAAUGUGCAGUGGCCAUAAGAUGUAUAAGUCCGUUCUCUUGUUGAUCUUUUUAAUUAUAUUUUCUGUAAAAUUCAAGUGAGACAGCAGAUAUUAAGCAUACAUUAUUGUGAGGAAAAAUAAAAAUUGAGCAAAGUGCAGCCUUGACAGCACAAAGUGUAGCUAAAAAGGGACAAUUCCAUCAAGUGCACAUGAUAAACUAACCAAGAAUUUCGGAGUGAAAUGAAACAUGGAAAUCCUUUAAUAAGUUACAUGACAUGGUGUAACACGCACGGAUUUGCUUCGUAAAUAUUUGUGAUACACUAAAAUAUUUAUAUUUGUUUAUGCCAAAGAAAAGGAUACUGCUUAGCGUUAUAAUUUCGUUACGUAACCUAAAUUGUGAAUACACGCAGUGAAUACACUCAUUAUACACAAAAUGAAUAGUUCCGUUGUAGAUAGUCCAGGCUCCCAGGCUCUGGAGACUGCCAAGAAUAUAAAGGACCUGGCUGUCUUUAAGAAACCCAUCGGGUCUGCAAAGAGGAGCAAGAAUGCUCAGCCGAAGGUCUUGGAUGAGGAUACGUACAUCGAGAGGAUGGGUGAAAUCAUACAGAGGGAUUUUUUCCCAUAUUUGGAAAAGCUACAGGCACAGAACCAGUAUCUGGACGCGAUGGAGCAAAAUGAUGCGAACAGGAUGCGAGAACUCUACACCAAGUACAGUUCUGACCGACCCGUCACAGAGAGACCGAUCAGUCCAGCGACUUUUGAGACCCCGCUGUGCAGAUCCGAGUUGGACGACUUGCCAGGCGUCUCCGAAGCGUCGUCCCAGGAAGUACCUGCCAAACCUACGAAAAAUAAUAGCAAUGCGGAAAAUAAAAUUAACCUGGAUAGUUAUUUGAGCAGCCACACGAGUGAGGACAAUGCGAGCUUCGAGGAGAUGAUGGUCGAGGCGGAGAAAAAGCGUAAAUUAAAAUGCGCUUGGCUCUACGAGACGGAGGAGAAUUCGAGAGCGUGGCUUCCCAUCGACAAGUCGACAACUGGCGUCUUGGCGAUCGAGGACUCGGAGGACUCCAGGCCCACGCAAGUAGACAGUUGGGCGUACAAAAAUAAAAAUUAUAUCAUGUACAUUCCUGACGGGGUGGACCUCACGACUGAGGAAAAGAUAGAGCUGGCCAAGAAGAAGCAGAUCGUGAUGCAUGAGAAUACCAGGCUGAAUGCAAAUCCAUUUAACGAGCAGCAGAAUAAAGAAACCAUCAGCGAACUGGCCAAGUCCCAGUCCAAGGCUAACGAUGGCAAGAUUGGGGUGGAUGGCAAGGAGAUCGUGAGGAACGCAACUCCACGAGUGAACGGUUUCAGCUUCGUUGCGACACCGAGUCCAAGACCGGGAGAGUGCGAGAGUCCACUGAUGACGUGGGGUCAAAUUGAAGGAACGCCCUUCCGAUUGGACGGUGGUGACACUCCGUUAUUGAGAACGAGUCAAGGCCCUUCUUUUAGAAUAGCGGAACCACCAAAACGGGAACAAUUGGCGUUACAGUUGGCUGAAAAAGUUGGCGAAAAGCACAGGAAACAGAAAAACAAGGCGUUGGAAGCAGCUAGGAAGUCAUUAACAACUCCGUCGCCAAGAUCAACUAUAGACCGCUUGAGCACGAUGUCUCCUGCAGCGAGAAGAUUAGCGACUCAGAAGCUUCGACUAUCAAACACGCCGUCCCCGAGGCGAAGUUCACUGUUCAUGGGAAUAAGGACACCUGGUACACCACGUACGACGAUACCGGCUAAACACGUCACCUUGCAGAAAUCAGAAACAAACGUCAUGCGGACGCAAGGACCCGUUCUCACCGAUAAUUUACUCAAUUUACCGCAGCGGCAACGAACAUCGAGCUGCCUGAACACAUAAAAACUUGUUUGUCUGACAAUUAUCCAAAAGAUUUAAAAUACCUAUAUGAGAGAGUUGAAACGCAUUGUAUAUAUGUUGUAUAAAUAAGCUUAUGCCUGUAUAUUUUAUUAAUAUUAAAAUAUUUGUGCUAA